UGUUGCUCACCAUGUCCUUGACUUCCUAAGGGAGGUGAUAGCCGAGGAGUAAACGCAGGCAGCUGAGAGGUCACAUAAAUAUCUGAAUAAAAGGGGAAAAUCCUCACCAUGGGGCUCUUACCAGACGAGGCAAAGUCUCUCCCUCCUCCGGGAGUCGUCAACAGGAACUCUUUCUGGCUGUCCGGUGUAGGCUGGUGUUCCGCGAUGCUUCAUAAUGCCAUGAACCACAGGCCGCCGCUAAAAUCAGGUGUUCACCGACAAGUCCUAUUGGCAACAAUUGGUUGGUUCAUUGGUUACCACCUUACAAAAUAUGAAAACUACACUUACGCCAGACUUGAUCGGGAUAUGAACGAGUAUAUCAAACUGCACCCAGAGGAGUUUGCACCAAAGGAAAAAAAGACCUUUGCAGAGAUUGUCGAGCCAUUCCAUCCUGUGCGCUAAAUGCUGGCAGCUGGUGAGGCAGAAGAGAGAGAGAGAGA